UCCUGUUUCACGUAGGAGAGAAGUUAUGAUGUGACUAUCGGAGGUUACCUACUGGACACAUAAUGAUUUAGACAGCUGUUCAUUCAUUUCUACUUAGUGAAUGAACAGCGGUGACACCCCACCUGCGCCGUUUCACGGUUUAAGAGAGGAAACUCAAGGUUCCCUGUGCGACCAUGCCCGUCUCCCAGCUAUGGGCAGUGGAUGUGUACGGGCGGGUCUACAGCCUGUCCACAGCGGGGCAGCAGUGGGAGCAGUGCCGUGAUGCCCAGAUGGAGUUCAAGCGGGUGACGGCAGCUCAGCAGUGCUGCUGGGGCAUCGCCUGUGACAACAACAUCUAUGUGAAUGUCCACGCUUCUGACCUGCCAGUCCGCUACCAGGAGGAGACCUACGAGAAUCAACGAUGGAAUCCUGUUGAUGGUUUCUCUGAGCGUUUGUUGCCAAGCGACCGCUGGCAGUGGAGUGAUGUCACGGGUCUGCAACACCAACCUCUGGACAAUUACCGGAUUCCCUCAAGCAGCUGGGAGUGGGAGGGCGACUGGUACGUGGAUGAAAACUGUGAGGGAGAGCCCACAGAGAAAGGGCAGGGAUGGACCUACGCCAUUGACUUUCCCGCCACCUACACCAAAGAUAAGAAGUGGAACUCCUGUGUCCGUCGCAGGCGAUGGUUCCGCUACAGGAGGUACAAAGCCAUGGACACCUGGGCUAAGAUCCCCCCACAGCAGAUGACUCUGCCAGAUCCCUUCAGCGACAUCAGCUGUGGAGGUUGGGAGAUCAGUGAGGAGCCCAGAGGCCGGCUGUCACUGUGGGCUGUGUCCCUGCAGGGCAAGGUGUGGUUCAGAGAGGGAAUCUAUCACCACAAUCCCGAGGGCUCUUUGUGGGAGGAGGUGCCUCUCCCCGGGGAGGUGGUCCAGAUCAGCUGUGGCCCGCGGGAUCUGGUCUGGGCAGUGCUGUGGGAGGGGCAGCUCAUUGUCAGGGAGGGCAUCGGCCGAGACUGCCCCAAAGGUACCUCCUGGGCGGUGGUGGACUCUCCCAGUCCUGAUGUGGGAGCCACACAUGUAGCCGUGGGACUCAACGUUGUUUGGGCUUUGACCAAGGACAACAAAGUGUGGUUCAGACGCGGUGUGAACUCCCACAACCCCUGUGGCUCCGGCUGGAUCAACAUGGUGGGAGAAAUGAUCAUGAUCAACGUAGGACUCAAUGACCAGGUGUUCGCUAUCAGCUGUGGGGAUCGGGCGGUGUACUUUCGACAAGGUGUGACCUCUAGUGAAUUGAGUGGGAAAACCUGGAAGGCCAUCAGUGUCCCCCGGGACGGAGACCGAUCCCACUCCAGUGCCAGCACAAACAGCCUGCAGAGUGCUGGAUGCUUCUUCUGUGGUGAGGUGCGUGCUCAGUCAGUAGUGAGUGAUGUGGAAUCAGACACAGAGAAAGGAUCUACAGAUGGAGCCAGCUGCCUCGUCACCUCCACCUCCCCAGAGUCUUUUGUUGAUGCCCCCACAGACCACUCUGACCAACCUAUUGAGACCCCCAAACCCUGCAUUCCCAAAGUCACCAGCGAUAGCUUCAUCUCUGAACUCGUCUCUGACCGAGAACCAGUAAAGACAUCAACAGAAGGUGGAUCUGCCGGUCCAGCUGUUCUGGAGGAGGAGACCAUCCCCGAAGAAGGAGAGGUCAAAGCUCCCUGUGCUGGUGUAGCUAUUUCCCCCAGCCAGUCUGGAGGUCCUCUUGACCCCCAGUGGAGUAACGUGGAUCUGGAGGAGGCCCAGGGCCAGCAGGCCCAGACAGGAGCAUUACUGGACACAGCUGACACCUGCAGCUUGUCAUCAGUGGCCACAUACACUCUGGCCAUGGAGGACCCGUAUGAAGCAGAUGAGCACCCAAUGUGGGCGUGGGUCAGUGGAGGAGGCUGCUCUGUGGACAGUCACUCCCAACUCAACUGGUUCAGCUGCUCUUUGAACACUUCAUCUUUGGUGCAGUCAGUCCAGUCCAUGAGUCUGUCUGUCACCGCAGCUCAGACGGCAGCCUGGCGGAAACAAAUCUUUGAGCAACUCAGUGAGAGGACCAAAAGAGAGAUGGAUCAUUUCAGACAUUAUGAACAAGCCAUAGAACAGUCUGUGUGGGUGAAGAAGGGAACCAUGCAGUGGUGGAGAGACUGGAAGCCACAUAAGUGGAUAGAUGUUCAUUUUGCCCUGGAGCAGUUCUCAGGACCAGAGGGCAACAAGGAUGGCAUCCUUUUCGUCUAUUACAACUUUUAUGAAGAGAAGAAGUACCUGCAUGCCUUCGUCAACGAGGUCACCAUCCUGGUUCCUGUGCUAAAUGACUCCAAACACACUUUUGCCAUCUACACUCCUGAGCGGACCAAACAGAGGUGGCCAAUCAGAUUGGCAGCAGCCACAGAGCUAGAGAUGCGUGACUGGCUGGCAUUGUUGAGUGUGUCGUGCUGCGACUCCAGGGGGAUCCAUGGUCCUCCCUCCCAACAGGCCAUCUGGUCCAUCACCUGUAAAGGAGACAUAUUUGUCAGUGAGCCCUCUCCUGGUCUGGAGGCCAUGCCUUACCCCACACCCUGUGACCAGAUGUUCUGGCAGCAGGUUGGAGGUCACCUACGUGUGGUGGAGUGCAACAGUGUUGGCAUAGUGUGGGGGAUUGGCUACGACCACACUGCCUGGGUCUACACCGGGGGCUAUGGAGGAGGUUUCUUCCAGGGACUGGCCAGCAGCACAGACAACAUUUACACACAGACGGAUGUCAAGAGUGUCUACAUCUACGAGAACCAGAGGUGGAACCCUGUCACCGGCUACACCAACAGAGGGCUACCUACAGACCGCUACAUGUGGAGUGAUGCAUCAGGACUACAUGAGUGCACAAAAACAAAUAUGAAACCUGCCUCCCCUCAGUGGACAUGGGUGUCUGAUUGGGCUAUUGACUACAGUGUCUCUGGGGGGACAGACAGAGAAGGCUGGCAAUAUGCAGCUGAUUUUCCAGCGUCAUAUCAUGGCUAUAAAACGAUGAAGGACUUUGUGCGUCGCAGGCGAUGGGCCAGGAAGUGUAAAUUGACCACCACAGGACCCUGGCAAGAAAUUCCGCCUAUACCACUGAGUGAUGUGACCAUCUUGCCAUGCGCGGCUGAGAGCAGCGUGGAUGUGGUUCCUCUGUGGGCGAUCAGCAACAAGGGAGACGUCCUCUGCCGACUAGGAGUCACCGCUCUGACACCUACUGGAUCCUCGUGGCUCCACGUGGGAACUGACCAGCCUUUCAAGUCCAUCUCCAUCGGGGCUGCUAGCCAGGUUUGGGCCAUCGCCAGGGACGGUUCUGCCUUCUACAGGGGAUCUGUCUCUACACAGAGCCCAGCAGGAGACUGUUGGUAUCACAUCCCCUCCCCAUCCAAACAGAAGCUGAAGCAGGUGUCUGUUGGGAGGACAUCAGUCUACACAGUAGAUGAAAAUAGUAACCUGUGGUACCGGCAGGGUGUGACCCCCAGCUACCCUCAGGGCUCCUCCUGGGAACACAUCUCUAAUAAUGUACGCAAGGUCUCCGUAGGGCCUCUGGACCAGGUGUGGAUCAUAGCGGACAAGGUGCAGGGCAGCCACAGUCUGAGCUGUGGAACAGUGUGUCAUCGACUCGGAGUCCAACCUAUGGAGCCUAAAGGACAGUCGUGGGACUACGGCAUUGGGGGUGGAUGGGACCACAUCACAGUGAGAGGGAACUCCAUGGAGCCACCCCGCAUCUGUCUUCCCUCUCUAACAGACCGGUCCACCCCAGCCCCUCGGAGCCCCCUCCCUGUCAGGAACACAGAGGUCAACGGCGAUGCUGUGGGAUGCUAGACACAGACAUAAACAUACAAAUAAAGGCGCACACAUACAUAGCCAUCCUAAACCAUAUUUCCUUUGUAGUAAUUUUUUGUUUAAAAGCACUUCCACUUUUCACAUUGGAGGAGCAGAAAUGAUAAUUCAACUCAAGACUCUAGAGGACAGCCUUUAGUCUUCACAUCACUGCUGUCAGUGAAACAGAAAGUUGUGACUUUUGGACAUUCAGAACAAUCUUAAAUGCUGAGCUGAACCUGUCUCCUUCUGUCUGAAGAUAACCUCUAGUCUUUUGAUCUGAAUGUUGUUCAUAUUACCAAGCAUUCAUCUCCUCAGUACCGGUAUUUCUGUCUCGUUCUUUUGCCAUUGUUGUUUGUCUUUGUCACUGACAUUGAACUUGAUGGUCUUAAUGCAUUUUGUUUUAUUUAUUCAUCAAGAUUUGAUGUUUCUGUUGGUACCAUAUCUAAGGUGAAGAUGGAAGGGUGAUGUUUUUUAAAAUAUAUUUUAUGAGUUUUUUUAAAAAGGGAAAAAAAUAGUGUACUUUAGUCUGUUAACACAACAGAGUGAAGCCUAAUUACUCUGGAAACAGCUCCUUCUAUUGUCUGCUGAUCUGACACACUGCUGUAAAAUGUUAUACCACAGACUGCAGAAAAACAUGGAUGCAGCAUCUGUGUAUCCCCUGUUGGUUUCUAAUUUCGUAGGUUCCUGAAAGGACUUCUUGAAGCCUAAAUUUGGGUUUAUUGUGUGCAACAAUCCUGCCAAUUGUUUGGAGCCAGAAAAUCCAAUUUAGGGUAAUGUGGUGAAACCUGUGUGAGAAGCAACCCAAGUGUGAUAGGCUGUAAAUCAAAUCAAGGCAUGCACCCCAAAACAUACUUGGAGCACCUUGGUAGCUGAAUGGUUGCAACAGUAUAUAUGUGUGUGUGUGUGUGUGUGUGUGUGUGUGUGUGUGUGUGUGUGUGUGUGUGUGUGUGUGUGUGUGUGUUUAUUUAUAUAUAUAUAUAUAUAUCAUACUUGUCUGUAAGCCUUCUGUUUUAAAGGUCCAGUAUGCAACAUUUAAGAGGAGGUAUUAGCAGAAAUGGAAUACAAUAUUCAUAAGUAUGUUUUCAUUAGUGUUUAAUCACCUGAAAAUGAGAAUCGUGUUUUCAUUAGCCCAGUAGCCCAGAAUGGACAAACCAACCACUAGCUCUUGAUAGGGCCUUUCGCGAGUUUCACGGCCAACAUAGUUUUUCCUAUACGCUUGGAAGGGGAGGGUGAGGCGAGCGGUAUUCAAAUGGUUGCAAACUGCAAUUUCACUGCUAGAUGCCACUAAAUCCUAUAUACUGGACCUGUAAUGGUACAACUAAGACUCGAACUUAAAAUAUAAAAAUCACUUCACUUUAUUUCACUUUAUUUCAGGUUAUUUGGAGGUUUUCCCGCUGACUUCAGUACAGUUGGUGUGGGAUUUCUUUAUUUAUUUUUUAUUUUAUUUUUUUGAGCCAGCUUGUAGCAAAUGCUCUGGCUUAAUUUACCUGUGGUGGUUGUUGCUUGCCUUGUACAAACAGUUGAGCGAUGUUUUAUAAAGAUUUUAAUGUUGUUUUGUUAUUGUCAUGGAGUAUCUGCAAUGGUUAGUGUUGUAAAUAAGGGACAAGUGUGGAUUACUUGUAAAAGUCUUGUGGUUGAAAUGCUAAAACUGGACCUUCCUCUUUCUCAGGAGAACAUUUGCAUUUGCAUGACAUCUACUUCCUUUGGACUGAUGGUUGUAGAAUGAAAUGAAAAUGUUAAAAAAAAAACACUAUAUUUUUGUUAGAAAUCUAUAAGAUUAUUAUAGUAUAAGUAUUAUACAGUAAUUAUAGUGGUAAUAUAUUAAGGUGGAGUAGUGUUUGUACAUUUGACAAAGAUCAAUUAAUUCAAAAUACAGUUUUCCAUUAAUAAAUAUUCAUAAACCACACAUGGAUUAAUUACAUCUGUUCAGGCAUUAAUUUAUGUUAACAGCUGCCUAAAUUCCCCCAUAUCAUAAUGUACUGUCUGAAUAUGAUGCAACAUUUGUAAAUGUUGAAAGUGUACAGAGAUCUGUCUGUAUUAUCUGUGAAUAACAUACUAUGUUACUGUAGUGUGCAACACAUCAGUGCUGUUGACAUUGUGGAGUACAUUUCUCAAGUGUUGUGCAUGGUCAAAAUAACAGUCCUUGUCAAUAAAUAAAUGUUUAUUGAUACUCCUCAAA